AUUUUCUGUCCCUCGAAGUCAGCAACUUCAACCUCGUCAGCUCGCAGUGAUCGAGAAAGAGAGAAAUGACAAAAACCUGGUAAAGCCGAAUCAGAAAGAAAACGACGAGAGGGGUUACCUGAGUGACAACCACGAGCUUCCUCACCCAUUCCAAGCCCUCCACGAGUUAUCAGAAACUUCCAUUAGGACCAGAUUACGCCUCGACUUGAGCACCACCACCAUUAUCUAAUCCAAAAACAGAGCAGCAGCUCCCCUGUUUUUUUUUUUUUUUUUUUUUCUACAUUGGGUGGCUUUCGUUUUUUGCUUCUUUGCUUCUUCUGUUUGUCAAGUGAUACGAAAGCGUGUUUUGGUUUUGGUUGAGAGAGAGGAAAAAUGGAUCAUCAAGCUGAUGCCUACCGUUCGUGCUGCAUAAGCAGUCUAAGUACCCUAAGUCACGAGGAGACUUCACUGAUCCUGCUCAGUCAUAUUGUUCUUGGCUGCAAGUUUGUGUGCUCUGCUGUCAAUAAGGCUGGUCUAGCUAAACUUUUUGGCCUUGCUGGAGAGACCAAUGUUCAGGUAAAUGGGUCUGAACCAUUUUCUCUGCCAAUUUCCUUGACAAAUAUUCAAGUAGGGACAAAAGAGCCCCUUAGCGCUGAUAACCCUCUCCAUUGUGUCCACCGGGAAGACUUGGAUCGAGAAAGCUCACCAUGGUUCCUGAAUUUAUUCUUAUCAAACCUACAGAAGGUGGUAGGGACUCCAAUUUGCAUUCCUCAGAGAGAUUUUAUUGAUAUUGGACGCAUUGCAUCCAUUGAGAAUAACCACAAACCUGUAGAUUUAGCGAGAAAGGGGCUGAAGGUGGCUAUCAAGAUAGUCGGCACAAAUUCUGAUGAGCAGCAAAAGAUGUAUGGUAGGCAUUUUGAAAUGGAAGAUGAGCUUGUCAGCCAUAUCUCCAGGAGGUCAAUUGAUGUACUUAAAACAAGCUACCGGGAUGAACUGUCAAUUGACGAGUGGAAGCUGGUUGUGAAAUUGAAGAAACUUUUUGAGAUACCAUGAAAGAGGCAGAACCAUAUUUGAGCAGUUUGUUUUAUACACUCGGGGGGCUUCACUGACAUCUGGGAAUCAGAAAGAAUGGCAAGAGGCUACCUUGUGGAACGAUUACGAGCCUUAAGCUGCACAGUGAGGAAGUCUUUUUUCUGAGUCACAGAUUGGGACUGUUCUAGUUUUUGAUCAUGUUAGGCCUAUAUUGCAUUUUUUGUCCAUGUAGCUUAAACCCUCCCUCCCCCAUUUUGUAUCCUCUAAAACUUUUAUUCUCUUAAUAGUUCACAUAAAAUCCUUGCACUCUGCAAUGGAAAAGUCAGUUCCUACUUGAGGGGGAAAAAGAAAUCAGUUUAAAGGUACUAUGAUAUGAUUCAUUGAAAACGAUGGGUUAUUUGGUUGUUGGUACAAGUGUAUAUUGAGUUAACCUAAUCUUAUAACUGGUUGAAAUUCAGAGUUAGUAAAUUGGCAA